CUUCAUUCCAUCAUUGCCGGACAAACAAUCGCCUAUGUGCCUUUUAUGCAACAAAGUUUUGGGCAAUGACGCUAUGAAACCAUCUAAACUGCAAGAUCAUCUGAGAAGAUGCCACCCUGAUAAAACAGAGAAAGAUUUGAAAUACUUUCAAACACUCAAAGAUAAAUUUCAGAAGAGACCUACACUGGACAGAAUGUUCGCUUCGACGUCACAAAGAAAUGAUGAUGCAAAAUCCAAAAAACCGCAUACUAUCGGAGAGAAGUUAAUUUUGCCAGCCGUUGAAGAGAUUUUAAAAACUGUUUUACACAAACCUGCAUCUGAUCUCAUUAAAAGAAUUCCCUUAAGCAACAAUACUGUUGAAAGACGUAUUGAUGGAAUGAGUUCUGAUAAUGAAAGCUUCUUAUGUAAUUAUUUGCAAACGACCCAUUUCUCUAUAUAA